AUGGCUACUGUCGCGAGUGGGCUCCGGUCCCUCGGCCGACGGGGCUUGCUCAUGAGGAAUACCUUGCGCAGGCUGCAGGGUAAUGACCUGACCAGACACGCCAUGAACGAAGAAAACAAGCUGCAGAUCUACGUCUCGACGGAGAGGGACCCCUACCUAAACCUCGCCGCCGAGCAGCACCUCCUCGAGGUCUCCCACCCGGCCUCGACCGUGCUGUUCAUGUACAUCAAUAGCCCCAGUGUCAUUAUAGGCCGCAGCCAGAACCCCUGGCUUGAGGUCGAUCUCGGCCGUCUGCGCUCGGGCCUGCCGGGACUCCCUCCAAAUCAAGACCAGAAGGUCCCAGUCAACCUGGUGCGUCGACGGUCCGGCGGCGGCACUGUGUUCCACGACUGGGGAAACGUGAACUGGAGCGUCAUCUUCCCGACGGCCGAGUUCGACCGCGACCGGCACGCCGAAAUGGUGGUGCGCGCCCUGCGGGACCGGAUCGGCGUGCCCGCGGUCCGGGUCAACGACCGCCACGACAUCGUCAUGGACCUGUUGCCGAAGCCCUUCAGCGAGGCCAAAAAGACCUUCAAGGUCUCGGGGUCCGCCUACCGCGUCACCCGCCUGCGCUCGCUGCACCACGGCACCUGCCUCAUCAACUCGCCCUACGUCAACCAGAUCGGUCCCCUGUUGCGUCCUCCCAUGGCAGGCUCGUAUCUCAAGACCCGCGGCGCUGGCAGCGUGCGCUCGCCCGUUCGCAACGUCAGCGGCGACGGCACGCCGCUCGACCGUGGCGCGUUCAGCGAAUCCUUCUUUGAGGCCAUGGUUGUUGAUGAGUUCAAAGAAACGUACAAACAUCUGUGUGGGCCCGAUAAUGGCCUUGUGUACGCCAUUAAUCGCUCUGUGCGGAGCAUUCCAGAUGUUGACAAGGGGUACGACGAACUCUCGUCGGAGGCGUGGAUAUACAAUCAAACUCCGCAGUUCACAUUCUCAACUCACCCUACUGAAACGGAUGUAAGGAAAAGGCCGCCACCGCCGGCAGGCGUGUUGCCAACCUUCCAAGCACACAUGACGGUACGUUAUGGCAAGAUAACAGAGUGCAGUUUCAGAGGGCUUGUCUAUGAUCGUGAAGACACGGCCGUCAAUGAAGGGCUUCUAGGAAGAGAAGUACACAGCAUCACGGAUUGGAGGCAGACAUUAGCUGAGCUGUCGCCGGCUCAGCUACCGAACAGCGCCACAGGCGAUUGGCUGAACAAGGUUUUUGGUAACACGCCAGAACAGAAGAAGAGUAGUUAA